AUGCACAUCAACCAGAAGCUAGCAAUCGCUGUAAUGUUUCUAGCCGGCCUCAUCCCGGUCGUCGCCUCCAUAGUGCGGAACGUACAUCUUAUGCAAUCUUACAUGGACCAAGGGAAUUGGAUCACAAGAGACACAUCUUGGCGCUGGGCCCUGAUUCCCCUCUGGUCGCAAGUCGAAACGACCAUCGGCAUCGUCGCCGCCUGCAUCCCAACGUUCAACCCGCUCAUGAAAAUCAUCUUCCGCCGCCUAGGCCUCCGCACCGUCAGGACGAACACCAACGCCACCACCACCCCGAUGAACGGCAAAUCUCCCACCUCUCAGAACAGCCGAUCCCUCGACAUCAACAACAACAACAACAACGGCCGCCACCACUACCAGCAGCAGGACGACAACCGCACGACCACGUUGGCGACCAGCGUCGACAACAUAGCAGCUUCUUACCUCUACCGCCGCCGCAGCUCGCACCCGGCAAUCGACUCGGACCUCGAGCUCGGCGCGGUGGACCUACUCGAUCGCAGCAGCAGUAGCGACGGUGGCGGCGGCGACCGGCCAAAAGUGGACCUCGAUAUCCAGGAGGGAGAGACGUUCUACCCCUUCCGCCCGCCCUUGCUGCACAACGACGACGACGAGGACGACACCAUGCUAAACGCCAUAUCCCCCAUCUCGGACAUCAGCUUGGAGAACUACUUCCAGACGCACACGUGGGGUGGGAGCAAGCGGCAGCCGGGCAGCUUCAAGCGUCGGAGUCAGAGGAAGAAGAAUAAGAAGACAAGGGCGGCGGAGGAUGAGGGGGAGGGUCGUCUGAGGACGGCGGCGUCGGAGAGCUCUUCGUCGAUGAGGACGACAGGAGAUCUGCUGCCAACGACGACGGAAGAGCGGCCGGUGAUGACGGCGAGAGAGCGCCAGCAGCUGUUUCUGCUGCAACGACCGCCGCCGCCGCAGCUGCGCUUCGUGCGACGCGCGACGCCGAGGAUGGCGACGUUGACGUGCUGUUCGUCGCCUUCUGUUGCUUUGCCGUCAUAUUGCGAGGGGGGGUUGCAGAAACGGGCUGUCGGUGCUGGUGGUGCAAAUGAUGGUAGUCGUGUCGAUGGUAUGGGGGCCGGAGGGCCGGAGGCGCGGGGUUUUGAUGCUGCUGCUGCUGCUGCUGCUGCAGGCGCGGGCAAAGUGUCGUCGCGGCACGACGGCGACGACGACGGUGGUAGUGAUGGUAGAGAUGUCGUGAGGAGCAGGAGGAGCAAGAGCAGUUUCAGUUCAGCGGAUGGGUACUACAAGCGGUGGUGUCGUUCGCGUCGGACUAGAAGUGAGGGCGCAGCGUCGGCGGUGGUGAUGGUGUGA